CAGAGGAGGAGAGAGAGUGAGCGCAGCAUUUGAGAAACCAGCUGAUCAGAGCUGAGGUAUUCUGCCACAGAGGCAGAGGCCGAAAGAGAGAGAGAGAGAACGUGACUGGAAAAAAGAAAAGGGGAGGCCGAGAAAGCCGCACAAGUCUUUUUGAUUUAUAGAUCAGUGAUAUACAGAUAGGAGAAGAAAGAAGAAAUGUGUGCUGCCUUUCAUGGGAAACUGGGAAUGAAGGGUGAAGCUCUGUGGAAAGAUGUAAGAGCUGCUGGCAGGGUGGAAAUCUGAAGAAGAAUCACAUACAAGAGGAUCAGUCAAGUGUUGGAAAUCAAUCCUGUCAGGGCUUUGGAAGAACCCAGAGGAAUAAGAAGGGAUGUCCUGGCUGUCACCGGUGUCAUGGGCCAAAUGGACGUGGACGGCGGUGAGAGGGGGAGAAGGAGAGGAGGAUGGAGAGGGGCAGGAGGCCAACGAGGAGAGGGAGCAGUGUGGAGGGAGAGAAGAGGAAGAGGAGGAGGAGGAGAGGUCUCAAAGCUGCAGCUCUGACUCAGAGGGUCACUUUGACACUCCUGAAGCAGCGACUCCUGUCCGCAACCCUCCGACCAUCCCAGGAGAGCUGGAGAACAACAACACCGAUGCAGUCAAAACAGCCUUGGAGCAGGAGGAGAACCUCAUAGUGAGUGCUCUUGUAGCGGAUCAGGAUAUUUUCCUCAAUCACAACAUGGGUCAGGAUGAGCCUGCAGUCCCCAUGGGUGGCCCGCUCGAAAUAAACAUCCAGACGCUUGAAGAAGAACAAACAGAGCACCUUCCUGAAGACCUGGGCUCUGUGCCUGCUCCUGAUUCACCCUCUCUGAAGGAAGAGGCUAAAUUUGCAGCUCCAUCCUCUGGCCCAUCCCAAGACCAAACUCCCCUCCCAGCUGCAGAUCCCAUCCCAGAUCUGGCUCCAGGUCCUGCUCCCACCCCAGAACCAGACUCAGUUUUUAACAGUGAACCUGCAACCUCCUCAGCUCCAGAGGUACCUGAGGAGAAACCUCUUGCUAAAGAAGAGAUACAGUGCAAUGGCCUCUCCAGCCAGGCAGAACCUACUCGAAAGACUAAAACCAAUAAAUCCAAACCUCCGUCUCUAAAAAUGAAGGCUUCACUGGAUGAGCUUGCUGAAACAAAUGAGGAGCAAGAACUUCCUCUCCCCAAGGCCACAUACAACUUUGACCCGGACAAGCUGGACGACAGCUUUAACCCCUUCAUCAGCGGCGGAUCCAAAAUCCAGAACUCUCCCCCACCAUGCGGCCCAGGAUCUCUCCCCAGACUGGAGCCUCUUGGUAGCUCGGUUCCCACGUCUGAGGACAGCUCAGCAGCACAGGCAGACUUGGGAAUGAUGGAUUCAGCACCAGAAGUGAAGCCUGUGUUGUUGGAGUUUGGUCUGGAUGAGGGAACAGUCAGCAAACGUCCUCCAAGGAAAUUAGGGGGGAAAAAGACAAUCAGCAAACUUUCUGCAAAGAAGCAGAAGCCCAAAGCAUCUGAGGCUUCUAGCAAACCUGCGUCAGAACCCACAGUGUCAGAAACAGAUCCUCAACCAGUGUUAGAACAAAUUUCUCAACCAGAACCAGUUCCUCAAUCUAUAUCAGAACCAGUUUCAGCUCCUACUGCAGAAACGUCUUUACCAGUUUCAGACUCUUCAGCACCUCUGAACCUGGAUGACGUUCCCAUUCCCAAGACUGGAUCCUAUAACUUUGAUCCCAGUCAGUGGGACGACCCAAACUUCAAUCCAUUUGGUGGCAGUGGCAAGAUGAGCAGCUCUCCGGUGCUCCCCAAGGGUUCGUACAGCUUCGACCCGGACAAUUUUGAUGAUUCUGUGGACCCUUUCAAACCUUCUAAAAGCCUGAACAUGGAGGAGUCAUCCAGUAGCGCCCCACAGCCAGAGAAAAAAGUCAAAGAUGGAGGCAAACCGAAAGCAGGGCAGCCGCCUGGGGAGAAGAAAGUGAAGCAGAUUCCCAAGAAAAGCAAAGAGAGGACAAUCACGAAAUCUGAACAAGUCAAGUUUCUCUGUUUUCUGUUGAAUUCCUGUAAACUACAAAAAUACGAUGAAAGCCAGUCCCUGGUUCUUGACGUGUGUAAUCAGGAUGAGGAUGAAGUGGUGGUUCAGACCCCACAGAUCACUCAGCGAGUUCAUCACGCCACCGAUGAGGAGAAACUGGCUUCAACAUGUAUGAUGGGUCAGACAACAGACAGCCGGGAGGAUAGAGGAGAGCCUGAAUGCAACAAAGCACCAGCGAAAAAACAGCCAAUCAAAGAUCUAUCUGCCAAGGAUGGUCCUGAGACCAAGAUUGCAGAUGACCUGGAGGAGAAGGACUGCUUCAGCCUGAAAGAUGAUAUAAGUGAGAUAUCCACGAAUGAAACAACAAAAAUGAUCUGCAGUGAGGCUCCUGACACAGUGGCCCUGUCCCAGGAUGGCCUUCCUCUGAGUGAGAUGGACAAAGCUGCAGUGCUGACACUGAUCAGAGAAGAGAUUAUAACAAAAGAGAUCGAGGUUAACGAGUGGAAGAGAAAAUAUGAGGAGAGCAGAGCAGAAGUCAUGGAGAUGAGGAAAAUAGUUGCAGAAUAUGAGAAAACAGUUGCACAGAUGAUUGAGGAUGAUCAGCAGCAGAAGACUCUGACCAGCAGUAAGUCAGUCAGGCAGUUGACCUUAGAGAGGGAUCAGGCCCUGGCCGACCUCAACUCAGUGGAGCGGUCCUUCGCUGACCUCUUCAGGAGGUACGAGAACAUGAAGGGAGUCUUGGAGGGAUUCAAGAAGAAUGAGGAGGUGCUGAAGAAGUGCGCCCAGGACUACCUGAUGCGCAUCAAACAGGAGGAGCAGCGAUAUCAAACCCUCAAAGUCCAUGCUGAGGAGAAACUAGACAAAGCUAAUGAGGAGAUCGCUCAGGUACGUGGCAAGGCCAACGCUGAGGGUGUUGCUCUGAAUGCCAGCCUGAGAAAGGAGCAGAUGAAAGUGGAGUCACUAGAGAGAGCUGUCCUUCAAAAGAAUCAAGAGAUCGAGGAGCUCACCAAGAUCUGCGACGAACUGAUCGCCAAACUGGGAACAGAAUAAGAGGCCUUUAAUCAAACUCUGUGGCACUUGACUAAACUUUAACACAUGUGCUCCCUGCAGCGUGAGCCUCAGACUUUUCUCACAUCAGCACGCAACUGAAAUCCUAUACAUGAUCAUACUGCAGCACAUUGGAACAUAUGUUUUAAAAAAUAUAUAUUAAGGACAUGCAGAAUGGUUGCACAUGCUCAUUUUCUCCUUUCAGACUGAAAUAUGAAACUAGAACAGUAAUAGUUCAUUUUAAUAAUCUUGUCAUGGCAAUUGAAGAAGCACAAAAUCGGUAUGAGGUGUAUUUUUAUUAUUUUGAAGAAUAUUUAUUCAUCUUUGGUUGAGGAUUCAAAGUAAAAGAUCUUACGUUUCAAAGACUCAUUCACGUUUAUUGUCAGUUGUCCUUCAAAGAAUUUCCAUCACCGUUUUAUGCUGCACGUGUGCAGGAACUAAGGGAAAGAAGAGGUGGGCAGACAGCGCAGAAUGGAUUCACCACAUUACAUUUACACUGUAAUUAAGUGUGAUAAUGAUCCAGCCUGCAGAAAACACAAUCUCUCUAUUGAGUGCCUACACUGAUCACAGUGUAUUUGUUUUCUGACCUUUAACAUAAUUGUUGAUGGCAUUUCUUUUGUAAUACAGACAGUUUAGAUCAGAAUGCCUUUCAGUUUGUCUCAUACAGUGUGUCCUCAUGUAGAGUUUGAGUUUGAAGUUAAACCACAGAGUUUUGACAUAACGGCACUAAAAGUUGAGGGGACUGCUCAUUAUGAAAGACAUUUAAGAGAACCAUAUUUUACAUUCAGUUUAGUAACAGCUUCUUCUUUUGAUGAAUGCUUUGCAUUGAUGGGUGACUUUACUCUCAUAUACUGUAAUAUUAAACCAUGUGCCAUAUUUCACUUUCUAUCACUCUGUGUUUGAGUGUGAAAAAGUUGCCAUGUAAAUACAUUUGGACUGUAUUCAUAUUUUAUCUGUCAAUGCAAAUGUUGCUGGUGUGCCUUUAUUUGGUCUAUUUUGUAAAAAAAAAAAAAAAAAAAAAGGAAGUUAAUGUUUCCUGCACUCUGUUGCCAAAGUGUACUGUACACCGUCUAUUUCAUGUGUGAUCAAAAUAUUCUGAGGAGCAGUGAGCUAUCAUGGGCUUGCAGUUUUAAUGCUUUACCUGCGGUGAUCGAUCAAUAAGGCCCGUGUUUUAGGGAGCAGAGGUUCAUCCUGUAGUUAUAUCUCCUUUGCUAACAUCAAUAUUUUCUGGUCUGGUUGAACUUGAAGGAGCACACAAGUGCAUUUUUGGUCAUAUAUAUAUAUAUAUAUAUAUAUAUAUAUAUAUAAAGGACAGAUUUUUGUAAGGAAACCUGCUUUUACUUCAGCACAAUCAAUUGCCAAAUGAGUAAAGUGAGAAGGGUUCCAGUGUGACCACGUGUCCCGUUGAUGUCUGGCGACGUGCUUUAUCAGUCAGAACGUGCUUUUCAAUGCAAAUCCAUUGUUAUAGUACAACAUGUGUACAUUUUAUACUUUAUGAAAAGAACAUUCAGAAUUUUGUCGCUAAUAUUUGUAUAAUUGAAGAACUAAGUAUACUCAGAUUGUAUGUUAACUGUUAUAUUUUGUGCAUUCCUGAAUAAAUGGUUGAAAUUUAA